GUUCGCUAUCAUCAUGACGACAGCGACUCCACCAAAGACUUCAUUGUCUUCCGCAUCACCGAUGGACACCAUCAGACCAGACACAAGUUCCCCAUCAAGAUCCUUCCUAAGGAUGACAGCCCUCCCUUCCUCAUCACCAACAUGCUGCUGGAGGUAUCCGAGGGUCAGAUGGCUUUACUGAGAGGCUCCAUCCUCCAGGCUUCAGACAUGGACUCCAGCGAUGACUACAUCCUCUUUAACAUCACCCGUCCCCCACAGGCAGGAGAGGUCACGAAAAUGCCAACAUCAGGGCUUACAGGUUAUCCUGUCAGCCAUUUCUUGCAGAAAGACCUGUCUCAGUCCAUGGUUUACUAUCGACACCUAGGAAAUGAGGUGUUUGAUGACUCCUUUGAAGUGGUGCUUUCAGAUUUCCACGAUCCCCCCAAUCUGUCUGAGCCUCAA